UUUUCCUAAAAAGGUAUAUCCACUAUUAAAGAGCAACUGUUAGCCACGAACAAGUUUAUUAGGGAACCACCUUAUCACCAGGGGACUAACUUGUUUAACAGUACUCCAUAAAAGAUGACAGAAUCUAAGCAGAGCAUUUCAUUACAUGAGGUACACGCAGUUAGGCUACUGGGUAACUUUACCGGGUUAAUGCUCACCGUGCCAGCGGGCAUUGCACUGGCACUACCAGUAGUCAUCCAAUACUUCAGCCCGAAUCGCACAUUGUCAACUGCUAUCACGGCUAUUGUGGCUACUUUAUCUGCGUUAGGUAUUGCCAUCAGAUUCGGAUAUAUAGCAUGCUACGAUGAUCAAGGCAGCGGCGAGUCUCAAGCCCGGUAUAUCAUGGGAGAUAAGACCACAAAGGCCGAGUGAUGCCAAUGGUGAGGUGAAUGGAUACGUUCAGUGUGUAGUAUCCCUGUAGUUGCUAUGAUAUAGAAUUUCGUUCCUUAAUAAGCAAUAAUGAAUACCAAAUCGUAAUUUACACCGCGCUAUAAUUUUAUUACGCAAGCUGUAUGUAUCA